CGGCGCUGGGAGCGGCCUGGGCCCGGCGAAGCCCGGCCGGCCUCGGGUGCCAUGGCCUCGCGGCUCCUGCACCGGCUGCGGCACGCCCUGGCCGGCGACAACCCGGGGGAGGCGGCGGCCGGCCCGGAGGCCGAGCAGUUCCCGGAGAGCUCGGAGCUGGAGGACGACGACGCCGAGGGCCUGUCCUCCCGCCUCAGCGGCACCCUCAGCUUCACCAGCGCCGAGGACGAAGAGGACGAGGACGACGAGGACGACGGGGAGGUUGGCCCCGACCCCCUGCCCUCCGGGGACGGGGCAUCGGGAGAAGAUGCAGAACGGAGCCCCCCACCUGAUGGGCAGCGGGGCAGUCAGCCCCUGGCAAGGCAGUUGCAGGAUUUCUGGAAGAAGUCCCGGAACACCUUGGUGCCCCAGCGGCUGCUCUUCGAGGUGACCAGCGCCAACGUGGUCAAGGACCCACCCUCCAAGUACGUGCUCUACACCCUCGCCGUGAUGGGUCCAGGGCCACCCAGUCGCCAGCCGGCCCAGAUCUCUCGCCGCUACUCGGACUUUGAGCGGUUGCACCGAAACCUGCAGCGACAGUUCCGGGGCCCCAUGGCUGCCAUCUCAUUCCCCCGGAAGCGCCUGCGCCGGAAUUUUACCGCAGAGACCAUUGCCCGCCGCAGCCGGGCCUUCGAGCAGUUUCUGAGCCACCUGCAGGCAGUGCCUGAGCUGCGCCAGGCCCCAGACCUACAGGACUUCUUUGUGCUGCCUGAGCUGCGGCGGGCACAAAGCCUCACCUGCACCGGCCUCUAUCACGAGGCUCUCGCACUCUGGGCCAACGCCUGGCAGCUGCAAACCCAGCUGGGCACCCCCUUGGGCCCUGACCGCCCUCUGCUGACCCUGGCUGGGCUGGCCGUGUGCCACCAGGAGCUGGAGGACCCUGGGGAGGCCCGGGCGUGCUGCGAGAGAGCCUUGCAACUGCUGGGGGACAAGAACCCCCACCCUCUGUUGGCACCCUUUCUGGAGGCCCAUGUGCGGCUCUCCUGGCGGCUUGGCCUGGACAAGCGCCAAUCUGAGGCCCGGCUCCAGGCCCUGCAGGAGGCGGGCCUGACCCCCACACCACCCCCCAGUCUCAAAGAAUUGCUCAUCAAGGAAGUACUGGACUGACCUUGCCUAGACUUCAGGCCACUGUGGGGAGAGGCACUGCCCAAGGACAGGGGGCUGGCGGGCAGUGAGUAUGACAGCUGGGAAGCUGGGGGUGGGGUGCUGGGAACCCCUAGAAGUCCUAUGGAGAAUCUAUAGUAGACCAAGGAAACCUGUUCUUUCUGUUGAGCUGGACUCAGGACAAGCUUCAGCUGGGGUUGCCCUGGGAUGGUGCAGGGAGGAAGUCUGCUGCAGCUCAUGAACGCCUGGGGACUAAGCCCCAGGGUAGGUCAGUGUUCCCUCUUCCUUGGCCAGAGGGCCAGGGAUUCUGCCUCCAGAGUCCUGGAGUAGGGCUGCGGUCUGGCCCGGGGGAAUUAAAGGCCGGCAGCUCCAGUG